AUUAUGCAGAUGUAGUUUCUCGUCUACAGCGCAAUAAGCUACACUCUUUACAUCAAUUUCAAGUUGGAAUUAAUUUUCCAACUUCGGAAAAAAUGAUUGUUCCCGGUGUUGAAAGUUGCAAUAUUGGAAUCUUCGACCUACCGAAUGAACUUCAACUGGAGAUAUUCGACUGUCUAGACUUCAAAAGUCGCUUCGUAGCCUCGAAUGUAUGCCGACUGUGGAAUGCCCUCGCCUUCAGCGGACGGUUCAUGGAUCGAAUAGGUCUUAGUUUGGACAUUACGGAGGAUAGUCUCAAAUCGGUGGUGGCCACGCUGGGCAACAGUGUUAGGAAUUAUCGGCAUGUGGUGAUAAAUUUCAACAACCAAGCAGUUGCAAUGAUGGAUAUGCUCUCGGAAAACAUCGGCGCAAAUGAUGCGCUCGAAAGCUUAGUGCUGUUUGGCAUGGAUAGAAUAGAAUCUGUGCAACUGGUGAUGUUACUGAGCAGUGUUCCUGAUUUAGUGCGGUUAUAUUUGCUAGGAUCAAAGCCGCAAGAAUCGCAACGGGCUUGUUUCACGGAGUUGGGUUUUCGAGAAAUCCCGGCUUCCGAUUAUUACGGUAAUCCAGUUUGGAUGGAUGCCUUAUCGACGGAUUCGCAAAUUGAACUUCAUCACGUCCGAAAGUUGUGUUUGGUUAGUCCGAGCAGAUCUUCAUUGUCGCCUGAAUGCUUUAGGCAGAAAUUUCCCAACCUAACUCAAAUCCAGCUAAUAUGUGACGACCCCAUCAUUGCGACCUUACUCAACGAUUACAGAUGCCAAUUGGAGAGGAUCUCCCUUCUGACACCUUCGAGCUACUUUUUCAUCGCCUUCAGUGAGAUUAUCUUCCUCAAGCUCGCUGACCUCGUUGUGGAUCGGAUGGAACUACACGAUCAGCAUGUGGUCGAAAAAUGCAUCAAAUUCUUCAAAAAUCUUGCUCACUCUCGCACGCUUCGGCAGCUGAUUCUCCAUCCGAAGUUCAUGAUCCGAACACCGAUUUUCUCGACGAUCUGCGCCAACUGCAGCUCGCUCCGGGUACUGGAGCUUAGCUUGGACUACAUGGACGGAGAUGCCCUGAAGGAAGUCACCAAUCUCAAGCACCUGCAAAAACUUUCCCUCCAAGGGACGGCUUAUUUUAGAGAAACGCCCCGCUGGCCCUCCCAGAUCCGGACGUUGAAGGCGGUUCGGAUCUGCGGCAGUCGGUUCCCGAUUAGCGUGCUGGAGUUCAUAGCUGAUAUCGCCCCCAAUCUGGACAGUCUCGCACUGGAGAACCUGGAGCACCCGCAGGAUAUGUUCCGAAUUCUACCCAUGCUGGUCGGUUCCAUUCGACGCUUUGCGAUUGGCUACUCGGAGACGUUCGAGAGACCGCCUUCGUGUCAUCCGUCCGGAUUCCUGCGCAGCAUGGUUGGUUUAGAGAGCUUUAGCUUGCGUAGGGUGGUCAUCAAGCAUGGCAUUCAGGGAUGGCUUCAGGAUGCACCCCACCUGCGGAAGGUCACCCUUAGGGACUGUGACACACUGACUGAUACCCAUCUGGUGAUACUGACGACCAAUUGUCCCAAGUUGAAGGAGCUGGAGUUGCGGCGCUGUUCUGCAGUGACGGCAAGUGGCGUGGCGCAGUUCCGCUCGAAGAUGCCACUGUGCAACGUUGACAGUGAUCAUGAAACAUGAAUUGUGAUAUUGUUUUGUGAUUGUUAUGAAUAAAUAUACUGAUCGGAGACUGUUGGAACGGUUCAUUGCACGUCAUGCACAUCGUAUACACGGUGCUGCUUCUCUGUUCAGCUUCAGCUGUGUUUUAUAAGCUUCACAAUAUCCAUUUUCGUAAUAUAUUUGAUACAACUCGUGGUGCGUGUUCUUCGGUCGGUCGUUUUUAACGUAUGUGAUAACGUAGAACAUUCGGUAAACAGUGGGGACUGAAAGCGAAAAUGAUCCAUUGGAUUUACUCGGCAAUUGUGAAGCCCAGGAUUACUUAUGGUGCAUUGGUCUGGUGGCCAAAAACAAAAGAGAGUGUUGCUCAGAGAAAGUUAGAAAAACUCCAAAGGUUAACAACUCUCUCAAUAACAGGUGCAACGAGAAGUACACCAUCGAAGGCAUUGGAUGCUUUGCUUUAUAUGCUACCAUUGAAUCAAUUUGUACAAUUAGAAGCCGAAAAGUGUGCUCUAAGGAUUACAAGGUCAGUGAAACUCUUUGAAGGAGACCUUAGAGGACAUCUUAGGAUUCUAAAAACUGUUAGUAUCAACUCUCUGGUAAGGAACAACGAAGACUGGAUGGAGAAAAGA